AUGCUGAGGCAGCAGCUAUCAAAACGACACACACACACACACACACACUCACUCUCACACCCUGUAAAUGUAUCUAUGUCCACUUGUUUACACAACCGCUCCUGGCCAGCCAGCAACAAAUUUCCAAAUAGAUGUGAACAGCUCUAACACAUACAUACACACACACACUACUAACAGCAGCGCUGUGCAUAAAUUUGCAUGUUCUGCUCUGUCCGGUCUCAGGCUUCGUAGAGACGGUCCACCAUGUACGGUAUUAUCUCCGUUCUGAUAUGUCACUGGAAAGCGUAUUUCCUGGCUUGUUCAUAUCUGCUUUUCUCAGGGAUGCCAUUUAUUUCACCGCAUGCACCCCAGGAGAUGCACCCCAUCUGGGAGAAGCUGAGUCAUCUGUCCACGCUACAACUAGUUAGGAGUUAUUUUUGUUUUAUGGGUUUUUAAAAAGGGAAUUAUCACAUUUGUUUUGAUCAUUAAAAAAAAAUUAAAAAAAAAAAGUAAAUGACACAACAAUCUGGGUGAAAGUCUGACUGUGUAUUGUUUGUUUUUAUUGACUCAGCGUAAUCAGCACGUUUUCCUGAUUCUCUUCACCUUAUUUAGAUGCUUUUUCUGAGCUUUCGUCAUUUUGAGAGGACUUAAUUCAGUGAAAAUGGUCUUCUUACAGCGGGGGAAUGAAGAGGGCUGAGGGUCGGUUUGUUGAUCCAUCACACAGCAGACAGCAGACUUGAAUAUAUUUUUAUUUUUUUACAAAGCUUGCAUGAAUGAUUUGUCUCCCUACUCCCUUAAAGCCUUUUCAAAAUUACAUUACAUGUUGAUCUUGUGAGAAUGUCUUCUCCUGUAAAACAAGUAAUACGGUCCCCUCUCUGUCUGUCUCUCUCUCUCUCUCUGUCACUCCGUCCAGAUGAAAAGGAGAAAGCGAAGAUAGACUCUGAGGAGGAGCUGCAAAUCAAAAAGGUGAAGAAGAAAAAGAAGAAGAAACACAAAGAGGGGGAGAAGCACAAGCGAGUGAAGAUGUACCACCGCUCCUGCCAAACCAUUUGCGCCGGCCUGCUUCUCCUCCCUUCGUCCUCUCCACCUCCUUCCUCCUCCUCCUCUGAUCCCGCCCACAACUCCGCCCUGUCUCCGUUUAAGUCCCCUCUGCCGGUUUACCCUCCGCCCAACAACAAAGCUGCGCAUCUCCUACCUUCCUCCCCUCCUCUCACCCCCAAAUCCCCCUUUAACUCCUGCCCCCUCGACUCUCCCAACUCUCCGUCGUCCUCCAUGAAGACGCCGCAGCCUUCCCAAACCAAACGCCAGCCGCGGUGCACCAACCCCGGCAUGGCGGGCCUGGAGUUUGCUCCGUACAUCCACAUCGAGCACCAGCCUAACGGAGGAGCCCUGGUGGCCCACGCCUACGCAUCCCAGCUGUCCUCGCUCUCCAUGAGCCAGAGGCAGAGGUUUGCCCAGGAGUUCGUCACCUUAGCGUUCAGUGAGGACUCAUCCCAGGCAGCUCAUUACGUCAUGGGGAUCGUCCACGGGGAAGCCGGCUACCUGCCAGACUUCUUGGACUACUUCUCAACCAAGUUCCCAUCGGCUCCGGUCAAAAUGGAAAUACUGGCCAAGAAGGACAUAGAAACCACCACUAUGGCUAAUUUCUACUCUCAGGUGAAGAAGACCUUCAGUAAUGGAACAUACAGAGCCGGGGCAAUGAGACAGAUCAGCCUGGUGGGAGCCGUGGACGAGGAGGUCGGCGAUUAUUUCCCAGAAUUCCUUGGCAUGCUGGAGGAGUCGCCCUUCCUGAAGCGGACGCUCCCGUGGGGAACCUUCUCCAGUCUGAGGCGGAUGAAUCCCACGGAGAGUGACGACGGUCCGAUAAUGUGGGUCAGACCGGGAGAACAGAUGAUACCUGUAGCCGAUAUACCAAAGUCCCCUUUUAAAAGGAAACGCUCCACCAACGAGGUGAAGAACCUGCUGCAGUCGCUGCCGAGGGCCAGCGAGCCCCGAGAGAUGCUGUUUGAGGACCGGACCCGGGCCCAUGCAGACCACAUCGGUCAGGGCUUCGAACGACAGACCACAGCGGCAGUGGGGGUGCUGAAGGCCGUACAGGCCGGACAAAGCUCGGAGCCUCCUCGUGUAACCAAAGACGUCGUGUGUUUCCACGCUGGUGAUUUCCCUCAUGUGGUUGAGAGGCUGCAGCUGGAUCUAUACGAGCCUCCGCUGUCUCAGUGUGUGCAGUGGGUCGAUGAUGCCAAACUGAACCAGAUGCGUCGCGAGGGCAUCCACUACGCCCGCAUCCGCCUGUGCCACGACGACAUCUAUUUCAUCCCUCGCAACGUGGUCCACCAGUUCAAGACCGUGUCAUCCGUCUGCAGCCUGGCAUGGCACGUCCGCUUAAGACAAUACUACGAUAGAGAGGAGGAGGAGGAGGAGGAGGUAGAGGAGGUGAAGAAGGAGGAGGAGGAGGAGGAGGAGUUGAAGGAGAACGCUCGAGACAAAGAGGUGGACAAGGAGAGGGUGAAAGUAGGAAAACCCAAACGGCAGGAUUCACCUCCUGCAAAGGUGAAAGCAGAACUUCUGGUGCCUCCGCUCUGCAAGAACAAAUCGCCUUCAUCACUCCCUCCUGCGUCUCAUCCUCCUCAUCAGAACACAAAACCCAAAGCCGCAUCGUCAAAGCACCUUCAUCAUCAUCACCACCACCACCAUUUGGACGGUAGAAUGAUGUCCUCCUCUUCAGCUCCUAAGUUGCCCAUCUCCAAGUCUUCCUCUUCUUCAGCCGUCGCUCCUUUGCGCUCCCCUUUAGCUCCUCCAUGCUCUACCUCUUCUCCAUCUUCCUCCAUGUCCACCUCGGCUCCAUCUCCCCUGACUCGUCCCAAGCCCGCAGCGGACUCGCGUUUCUCCACGCCCGCUCCCUCCAGCGUGUGUUCGACUUCUCGGCAACCUCCCUCCUCUCCGUCGGACCGUCCGAAAGCCUCACCCCGCCUGAACCCGGACGUCCCGUCGGACGCACAGACGCCGUCGGACGUUCGGGCGCCACGCGGGUCACCCGCCGCGGACACGCAAACGCGCACCUGCGUGAGUUCGCAAGCCGACACUCGGACGCAUGCGGCAGCUCGUGCGGCAACAGACUUGUGGACGCAAGCGCUCCACGAGAGGUGGGGUCACGGCGCCAACGCCAGGACGCCCGCGGAGCCGCAGAUGCGUCCGGCGCAGGACCCCGCGAGGCAAGGACUUUACAUGCAGCAAUACGCGCCCCAGCAUCUCCCGCCUCCCCACCUCCCUCACAUGCUCCCGCCCUCUUUCUCCCCUCUCCUGCCACACUCCCAUCUCCUUCAUAGGCCGCCGAUCCUCCCCCCGAAUCCGCUGUCCAGUCAUCCCGCUCAGCCCCAGCCUCUGAACUCGUACCACAGUCAGAAAGCGGUUCACAUGAGCCAGCUGCACCUGCAUCCGCCACACCAACCGAACAUCGGCACGCCGUCUCAGCCGUACUACCAGCCUCCCAACACCCCCCUCGCCGGCUCCCAGUCUCUCCCCCCCCACCUCUCCCAGCACCACCAGUUCGCCCCGCACGCCAACGCCUUCUUCCCCCCUCAGCAUCCCCACUUGUCCCCUCACCACUUCCUCCCCCCUCAGUCUUACCUCUCCCAGCCCCCCAGCCCUUACCCGCUGCAACCGCACUGGAACUAG